AGUACCACUGGCAGUCCAGCAACAAAACUGCGUCGAUCAGUUGCAACGUACGAGCGUGCGUGGAGUCGAACGCUGAAGGUGACGUUUGUUGUGGUGAUCGCAUUCCUACUCUGCUGGACACCGUAUGCUGUUGCGUCAUUGGUCCACUUCACCAUUCAGCCCAGCCCAAUUCCGGCAAUAAUUAGGAAGUUGUUGUACGCGUUUGCUGUUUUCAAUUCGGCCAUUUCGCCAUAUCUCUACGGUUAUUUCUCGUUCGAUCUAAAGAAGGAAUUGUUACUGUUGGGGAAUUGUACCAGUGGUGAAACUCAAGAAAAAGGAUCAUUUUCUGUUUCUGCUUCUGCAAUGUUCAAGUACAAUUUCGUUUUUCAAAAAUCUGGUUCUCCUGCAAGAUGUGAAAGUCGAACACGGGCGCCCGUAGGGCGUGCACCUCAUUAA